ACAUACUACGGUAAUUGCAGCCAUUAAUAGUUGGUCGACCUUAAUAGUUUCAUGUACGUGUGGAAUAAGUGCAGUCCCAGCUCAGGAGCACGUAAAUCUCAUAUUUUGUGUUGAUUUGAUUUGAAGGGAAGACUUACAUCUCGCCAUGUCUACGGAACCGGGAGUAGAGAAGGUGCUAGUAACAGGUGCUUCAGGGUACAUAGCCACUCACAUCGUGCAACAACUCCAACAAGCAGGGUACAAGGUCAGAGGGACUGUCAGGAGUCUGACCAAUCCCAAGAAAGUUGGACCCCUCAUCAGCAAACUUAGACAACCUGGUAAUAUAGGCCAAAUGGCAAUUCACCUUCUAAGUAUGUCUGUCUAUCUGUCUGUCUGUCCCCAUGCAGAGGUGCUAGUAACAGGUGCUUCAGGGUACAUAGCCACUCACAUCGUGCAACAACUCCAACAAGCAGGGUACAAGGUCAGAGGGACUGUCAGGAGUCUGACCAAUCCCAAGAAAGUUGGACCCCUCAAGGAACUCUGUCCUAACGCAGCUCACGAACUGGAGCUGGUUGAAGCCGACCUUACCAACGAGGCAUGCUGGAAAGAUGCUGUCCAGGGGUGUAGUCAUGUGAUCCACACAGCCAGCCCUUUCCCAGACAAGAGCCCUAAGGAUGAGAACAUAGUCAUCAAACCUGCUGUCGAGGGUACUACCAACGUUCUCCAAGCGUGUGUGGAUGUGGGCGGGGUCAAGAGAGUGGUAUUGACCAGCUCUGUCGCUGCAAUCAGUGAUUUAACAGAAACUAACACAGAACCCAUUACAGAAGAAACAUGGAGGAAUAUGAACAGCCCUAUGGAAGAUGCUUAUGGGAAAAGCAAGGCAUUAGCAGAGAAAGCGGCAUGGGACUUUGUAGAGAAACUACCAGCUGAAUCCAAAUUUGAGUUGGCUGUCAUCAACCCAUCCAUGGUUCUUGGUCCUGUCAUCUGCGGAGUUCCAGGAACCAGUGUAGAGGUGAUCCGACGUAUCCUAGAACGAGACCCGCCUGCCAUUCCCAAGCUGAACUUCCCUGUAUGUGAUGUCAGGGAUGUUGCUAAGGCUCAUGUCGUCGCUAUGACACACCCUGAUGCACCAGGUCAUCGUCAUAUCGUUUCUCCACACAACAUGUGGUUUCGAGAAAUGGCCGAUGUUCUCAGGGAGGAGUUUAGAGACAAAGGUUACAAGCCCCCGAGUAUGAUGGCUCCACCUCUGCUUCUCAAGAUGGUCAGCUGGUUUGAUUCCACUGUCAAGUAUAUACUACCACUCCAGGGACAUAAAACCACAUUGUCUAAUCACAGGUUGACUGAAGUACUUGGCAUCAAACCAUACGAGCCCAAGGAAUCGCUGAUAGACAUGGCUUACACCUGCAUAGAUAAAGGCUUCAUCGUCAGGAAGAAACAAUAUGUCAAUCCCAAGACUCAACAAACACAAACAACAGAGGGUGCUAGUGCUUCACCUUAGAAAUCUGACUUGACCUACAGUGCAACUCAAUCAUACAAGUAUUAUACAAACCUUUUUUACAAAGCCUUUUGAUUGAUCAUAAAGUUAAUAUUGAGCGUAAAUCUAUGGCUCAUCAAGUAUUGAUCAAACUUGAGAUCAAUCAUGACUCUUUAUAAUACGCGGCCAUGAUGUGAUUAUUAUUUCUAUGUUAGGAGCAAUCAUGAUCGCAAGAAACUUGAGAAAUCAACUGCAGGCGUUUUCAAUAGCCUUGCCCAACAUCUUUUGAUUUAUUUAUGCAAAGUUUGCAUUGCAAAUACAGUCAAACCUGUCUAUAGCGACCGCCCAAGGGAAACACAAAAAGUG